UAUAUUUUCCAUACCUCAUUACGUUGAGCUGACACAAACUGUUAAGUGUUAGUUUUACUGUGCACUACUAAAAUCUAAGAUGAAUGUUUUAAGCGUUGAAUAAUAAAGCGCUUAGUGAGUUUUUCGAAAUAUUUGAUAUCUAUAACAAUUUAAACGCAACAUGGGAGGCUGCUGUUCAUCAGAGGAUUCUUCAAGAAGGGAACAUACAGCGUACACGCGUCAUGUAAUAAUACCUGCAGCAGAACCAAUACCCAGGCAACCACAAUCAAUACCAAUACAAAGGAGUGCUCAAUUAAUACCAACACCAAGGCAACCUCAAUUAAUACAAACAUCAUGGCGGCAACCUCAAUUAAUACAAACAUCAUGGCGGCAACCUCAAUUAAUACAAACACCAUGGCGACAACCUCAACCAAGACCAAAACCUGAAAUAGAAGAGCCACAAUUUGGGGAAUUUCGAUGUAAACUUUGUGGUCGUUCUUGGAAAAGCCUUCGCUGUUGGCCAAAUAAGUACCAAAUGUGCAAAAAGUGCAAGAAGCCAGUUUUACCGACCAGUUGUAGAAAAAUACAUCCUUCCGACUAUACUUCUACUCAAGAUGAUUCAAAGGAGCAUGAAAGGGACCUUUGUCAAAUGUGCAAACAAUUGGGCUAUUCUUGCAAGAAUUUUCGUCGUACAAAAAGGAUUUUAUAAAUAUAAAACAUGCUAACACUGUUGUUAUGAUAUCAAAAAUUUUUGUAAGUGUUUAUUCUGCAACCAUUUUUUUAUUGAACAGAUUGUUUAUCAUGUCGAUAACUAUAGCAUGUUUGAAUUUGUUAUGCAAGCGUUGGAAUAUAUCCUUGUCUAUUGUUUCAUUUUUCUCAGCAAUGUAACUGAAUAGCGGUAACAUUACAUUUUUCACUUCUUCCACAUAAUAUUCCUCAAGAUAAUUAUCUAUUAUUGCAAAUUUGUUCACAACAAAACUGAUGUCGUUAUCCUUCAAUGGUAAUGUAAAGAAUCUAUACUGAAAAUUACAAUUGUUUUGAUUAAUACACAUAUUAAUAUUAUAUAAGAUCAGAAAUAUUUAAAAUUAUAUAAGUUUUCUUGAAAAUUUGCUGUACAUAUUAUACUAAUUAAGUGUUAAUGCUUUUAUAUUAAUUUGAUAUCUUAAAAAUGAACUAUUUCAUAGUCUUAUUACUAUUAUUUUACUAAUAUCAUUAUUGUGAUCAAAAAUAUUUUUAAUUGAAUUUAAAUAUACAUACCCGUAUAACUGCAACAUAAUUCUUAAUGCAAUACAGUAGACAUGCUCUUGAUUUAUCCGUAUGAUUUAAUUUUUCUGCCGUACAAAUUAAAAUGAGAGCUUUAUGAAAUAUGUCUAAAAUAUUCUUGUAACCAAACACUAAUAAGCUGUCCCAAAUUUGAUACCACUCUUGAAGAAUUGUGGAACUUAUGAUCUGAAAGAAUAUAUGUAAAAAUUUUUUUUUUUACUUUUAUGCAUAGAACUGCUCUAUAUAGUUUUAAGGCUAUAUUUUUUGUUAACCAAUAAAAGGUAUAAAAUUUUUUGGAUAA